ACUAACAAACAAACAAACAAACAAACAAACCCGCGUGUUAGCCGCUAGUUCACGACACGUGUUGUUAGCAUGUGAAGCCUUUGUGUAACAUACAUGAUCAGGAUCAUCUUAGUCAUGGCGCUGUCUGAACUCAUGACACUUAUUAUUUUAUCUGCCUGGUUUAAUGCGAUUGACUUGACCACAGCAGAUGAGGGUUUGUUUUACACAGCUGCAGUGUAUGAGCACAAGGUUCUCCUGAACACACAACCGAACGUGGCUGUGGGACGUCAAGCCGCACUGCAGCACAUGUACCGGAACCUGGAGGUGUUUGAACAGCAGGUGACUUCCGCUGCACAGCAGGGAGCUCAGAUCCUGGUGUUUCCUGAGGACGCCAUCCACGGAUUCAACUUCAGCAGGGAGUCUAUAGCUGCGUAUCUGGAGACGGUGCCGGAUCCUGGAGCAGUGACGUGGAGCCCAUGUGCAGAUCCUGACAGAUUCCAAAAUACAGAGGUCCUGUAUCGUUUGAGCUGCAUGGCUCAGAAGAAUCGUCUCUUCCUGGUGGCCAACAUGCCUGACUGCCAGCCCUGCAAGAGAUCCGUGGAUCCGAUGUGUCCGGCUGACGGACGCUACCAGUUUAACACAGAUGUUGUUUUUAGCGAAAACGGCACCAUCGUAGCCAGAUACCACAAACAGAACCUGUACUUUGAGGCAGCCUUUGACACACCUCCUGCGUGCGAGUAUGUGACGUUUACCACUCCGUUUGCCGGGCGCUUUGGGGUGUUCACCUGUUUUGAUAUAUUAUUCCGGGAGCCAGCUGUGACCCUGGUGAAGGACAUGGGUGUCAGACAGUUCGUGUACCCAACAGCUUGGAUGAAUCAGCUCCCCCUGCUGGCUGCUGUGCAGUUCCAGCGCUCAUUCUCUUAUUCAGCCGGCGUCACUUUGUUGGCAGCAAACAUUCGCUCAGCGGCUUUGGGUAUGACAGGGAGUGGGAUUUUUACACCCUGGGAUGCGCUUUACCAUCAUGACACAGAGGGCGAGGCUGGGAAACUGCUGGUGCUCAGAGUGCCAGUCUUGGAUCCCUUAUUGCUACAGAGUACUAGAUUGAAGUUAGUUCCCUUCUCUGGCUUUCCCAAAAUUGAUAUAGGAGAGAAACCAAAAGACUUUAGACUUUUCCAGAGAGGAUUAGACUCUGGAUUUUGCCCAAAAGAGGAUUCCAGUUGUAAUAAACAGUCUACUUCAUUUACCUCCACAAUGAUGUAUGAUAAAUUUAUACUCGUACCUCUACAUGACAAAGAAGGGAAUCUCACAGCAUGUGACGGCUCAUUCUGCUGCCACUUGCUCUACCAGAAGACUAAUUCCUCUCCUAAAGUAGAGCUUUAUGCCCUGGGGGCAUUCAAUGGGCUCCAUGUGGUCCAUGGGAUAUACUACCUAGAGGUGUGUGCUGUAGUUCGCUGCACAGGCCUCCAUCAGGAAAGCUGUGGAGGAGAGACUGAGCAUGCUCACACACACAUCGACUUUCACCUGCAUGCAGCAUUCAGUACUGAGUACGUGUUCGCUGGGGUUCUGGGCAGUGGGAUGACUCUGGACCGACCGGACGAGUCUGGCCGGGAGAACGGCGGGUUUUACAUGAGCCGAAGAGGAAUGACGAGCGGCCUGGUGACUGCAGUUCUGUAUGGGAGAGGCUAUGAGAAAGACGGUGAAUGAAGCAGCACGGCUCUCUCUCUGUAGUAUCGUAUCCGUGUUCUGCACGAGUUUUAAAUGGAUAAAAGAACCUCUAAUUUACAAUUUCACUACAAAUAAGUCUUCUGCACUUACACUUGCAAUUACUAUGAUCAGUUCUGCACUGAAGCCUCCAUCAUCUGAUAACUUCAGCAAGACGAACUUCGUAUUAAAACUACAAGCAAUUUUCUGGUUACACAAUUGCACUUUCUGACCAUAUAGUACACAGAUAGAGAAGGGAAACGAUUUACAAAUCACACCCUCCUGUGUCACCCAGAUGAGGAUGAGUUUUCUUUUGAGUCUGGUUCUUCUCUAAGUUUCUUCCUCGCAUCAUCUCAGUGAUUAUUUAUUUCCCUGACAAUCCACUUGUUCAUUAAAAAACAAAUUUAUACAUUCCAAAGGUAUAUCCUGAAUUUCCAUUGAUUUUAAAUGCACUAUACAAAUGAAUUAAACUGAACCACGAAGCAAAAAA